UAAAUGAACAAAUAAAACAAAAAAGGAGGUCGAUGUUAUCAUGCUAUUUGAUUGUUCCUCACCAAGAAUCACAGGUUAUGUAUAUCCAUCCCAAAUUGUAAAACAUAUCUAUUUGGUUGUUCCUCAACAAGAAUCACAGGUUAUGUAUAUCCAUCCCAAAUUGUUAAUUACUACCUCGUCCUUUUCAUGGCAGUUCUUGUCCACUUAUUUAUUUUUGAUGUAGAACAAAUUAACAUCACAUCCAAGAAGGUUCAAAUUCGAAGUUUUGUUGAUUCAGCAAUUAGACUACCCUACCGGAACUAUGGGUGCCUAUUCAUCUCUUGUUGGGACAUCAAAGGACAAACAGGACAUAAGGGUUCAACAUAGUGAUGUCCCCCCCGAACUUUACUGUAAUCUUGUAUGCUUUCAGUCCAGCUAGGAAUGGGUGUGCCACAAGAUCCAGGCAGCAGAGACGGUGAAAGCAUCAAAGCCCCUGUUUGUCCCCUAGCCUUGCGUCUGUACAUGCAAGCUUGCUCUUCAUAUAGUAGGUGGAUAUCUUUGCAUCUUAUUAUUCUUUGUCAGUUGCUCGCUGCUUGGCUUCCAUCAGGAGGCCUUGGCCCCCACAGGGAGGACUUCAUAUUCCAAUCAAUUGGGAUGAUCAGGAGCCCUUUCUGCAUCCGUUCCUCAUUCCAAUUCUCCUGCAGACUCCAAGCCUUCAGUGCUGGAAGGAAGCUACUGCACAUGUGAUGCCUUCAAGUUUUCCAAGACUUCGUGAUCUAGAUGAUGAACGCCAAGAAGAUUAAGCUGCACGACCACCACUACGGAUCGCCGCUGUGCGACCCACAGAUGUUCCCGGCCACCGCCGCUGCCGGGCUCUCCUUCCACCCGGGGCUCGUGAGCUCCUUGCCGCAGCAGCACGGCGGCGCUGGCAUCUGGCUGCACGAGGAGUACACCCCGACUCCGAGGACUGUCCCAGCGACGCAGGGCAGCUGCGUCGGCGCCGACACCGCCGCGUUCUUCGCCGCCGAGCACCUGCUUGGCAUGGCGCGGUUCGACUUCCCUCUCGGGACGACGACGCUCCCGGCGACGAUGACAGUGGCCAAGACGCCGCCGUUCGUCCGGUCGCCGGAGGCCGAGCAGCUGUACCGGCCAGUCGACCCGCUGCUGCUCCGCGACAACUCGGUGAGGACGUACUACGUCAGGCCGCAGCAGCGGGACGCCCCGGAGGCGCCUCCUGCGCUCAAGCUGCCAUUGCAGCAGCAGCAAGAGCGAGGGCACGAGCUGUACGGCAACGGUUCCUCCGGGAGGCUGCUCGGCGGCGAACCCAAAGCCCACUCUUUUUCAGCUCAUGUUACGGCGGCGAACACGCUUCUCCCGGCGAUGGAAGCGCCGGGCUUGCAGAGCCCAACGGAGAACCCGCUGUCCAGGAGUUGCAGUAUCGGUGCGCCGGUGACCCACACCGGGACCGUCGUCGCCGCGCCCGGGCACGGCGCGCCGAGCAAGACGCGGAUCCGGUGGACGCAGGACCUCCACGAGCGGUUCGUCGACUGCGUGAACCAGCUCGGCGGCGCGGACAAGGCGACUCCAAAGGGGAUUCUGAAGCUGAUGAACUCUGGUGGCCUCACAAUCUACCACAUCAAGAGCCACCUUCAGAAAUACCGCAUAGCCAAGUACAUGCCGGCAUCGACAUCAGAAGGGAAACAGGAGAAAAGAGCCGCCGGAAAUGACGCGCAGAAUCUCGACCCCAGCACUGGAAUGCAGAUCACUGAAGCACUACGCGUCCAGCUCGACGUGCAGAGGCGCCUCCACGAGCAGCUCGAGAUCCAGAGGAAUCUGCAGCUGAGGAUCGAGGCGCAGGGCAAGAAGCUGCAGAAGAUGUUCGAGGAGCAGCUCAAGGCGAGCAGGACCGUCAUGGAGCCGCCGGAGGAGCACCCGGCCCAGGGCGUCGGCAUCAGCGCCGCCGCCUUCGCCGGCGUCGGCGAGCAGGAGGAGGAGGACGGGUUUGACGACGUGCAGCUGCUGUCCGUGGCCGGCAGCGGCUACAGCGAUGCCAGGUUCCCGUCCAAGAUAAGCUAGCCUCCGGCCUGCCUCGUGCCGGCUCUGCCAGUUAAAUAGUCUGCGUUGUAAUCGUAGGAUUUGACAGCAAAUAUUGGUGUAGUUGUCCAUGUAUGAUACGCACGAUGUUGGGGAAGGAGUGCCUUUGUUUUUGCCAAAUCGAGCUGUGAACUUUUCUUUUUAAUAAAAAAAUAAAAGACUUAGGGGGGAUACAUGGGAGGAUCCUCGUCCUCCGAGAAGGUUAA